UUAACCAAAUUGAAAUUGGCAACUUGGCAUGCAAAACCGCAUCCAUAUCACCGAAUCCGACGCGCAGAUAAACCCGAGUGUGUUACUGAGUCCGACGCAUUUUCCACUUGGAGCAGUACCCUAGAAUUCAAACUUUCACGCCUUUCUAAAUUCCUCACUUCGCAAUGGGUAUGGUGGUCUAAUCUUGAAAAAGAUUCAAUCUUUGAAAGUCACAGUGGGUGUUGAUUUACAAGAAAUUCAGGUUAUUCUUAAGGAGUACAAAUGGGUUAUGAAUGAGGCCAUUGCAUUCACUCAUUGAAAGCUCAGUGGCCUCAUUGUACAAAGUAUCAAGUACCCAUUCCUGGGCAAUCAAACUAGGCACCAUUACUGAUACUUAUACGGCAAACAACAUUUUAGGUAAGUACGCAAAAUGCAAAGAGUUGGGUGCCGCACUGAAGUUGUUCGACGAAAUGCCCGAGCGAGACACUGUUACGUGGAACACUAUGAUCGGUGGAUACGUAAAUUAUGGGGAUUUAGAGAGUGCUUGGGAGCUUCUGAAAAGCAUGAGAAGGUGUGGGUUUAUGGUUGAUGGUCAUACUUUUGGAAGCAUACUUAAAGGGGUUGCUAGUAAAGGAUGCAUUGAUCUUGGGUUGCAAGCACAUUCACUCAUUGUUAAGACUGGAUAUAGGGGAAAUGUUUUUGCAGCUAGUGCUCUUUUGGACAUGUAUGCCAAGUGUGACAGGGUUGAGGAUGCUUAUGUGGUGUUUCAAUUUAUGCUGGAACGUAACUCUGUCUCAUGGAAUGCCCUAAUUGCAGGGUAUGCUAAAGCGGGUGAUCGCGAGACUUCGUUUUUCUUAGUACAGUCUAUGGAACGGGAAGGUGUGAGGCUUGAUGAUGGGACCUUCGCUCCGCUUUUGACAUUGCUUGAUGACCCUGACUUUUAUGAAUUAACUAUGCUAAUCCAUGCUAAAAUCAUAAAGCUUGGGUUGCAAGCUGCCAACACUGUGUGCAAUGCCGUAAUUACUUCCUAUUCAGAGUGUGGAUCCAUUGAAGAUGCAAAUCAAGUGUUUGCAAGUGCUAGCAGUACCCGAGAUUUAGUUACUUGGAAUUCCAUGCUAGCAGCUUACCUAGCACAUAGCCAAGUAGCCCUUGCCUUCAAACUCUUGCUUGAGAUGCAAGAGCUUGGAUUCAAACCAGACAUCUACACAUACACCAGCAUAAUAAGCGCUUGUUUUGAAGAUGCACAUCUAAAUCAAGGAAAAUCCUUGCAUGCUUUGGUAAUUAAGAGUGGGUUGGAACUACUAACACCAAUCUCUAAUUCGUUGAUGGGUAUGUACCUCAAAUCAACUAAAAUGUAUGUGGAUGAUGCAAUAGAGAUAUUUGAAUCCAUGGAUUUGAAGGACAAUGUUUCUUGGAAUUCAAUUUUGACCGGACUCUCACAGUAUGGGUUGAGUGAACAUGCAGUAAAAUUAUUUCGGAAAUUGCAAUUGUGUCCCCUAGACCCGGAUCACUAUGUGUUUUCGGCUGUUCUUAGAUCUUGCUCAGAUUUGGCAACCCUCCAAUUGGGUCAACAAGUUCAUGGCUUGGCACUUCAAUUAGGCUUUCAGUUGAAUGAUUUUGUAGCAAGCUCCUUGAUUUUUAUGUAUUCCAAGUGUGGGAUUGUUGAGGAUGCUCGAAAGGCCUUCGAAGCUACCCCUAAAGACACCUCAAUCACUUGGAACUCGAUCAUGUUUGGGUACGCGCAGCAUGGGCAAGGUAAAGCUGCACUAGACUUGUUCUUCCUAAUGAGAGAUAGCAACGUAAAACUGGAUCACAUAACUUUUGUGGCAGUUUUGACUGCAUGUAGCCACAUUGGUUUGGUAGAAGAAGGUUGCAGUAUUCUAAAAUGUAUGGAAUCUGAUUAUGGAAUUUGUCCCAAAAUGGAGCAUUAUGCUUGUGGGAUCGAUCUCCUUGGGCGGGCUGGCCGUCUAGAGGAGGCAAAAGCCUUGCUUGAAGCAAUGCCAUUUGAACCAGAUGCAAUGGUAUGGAAAACUCUGUUGGGUGCUUGUAGGAGUUGUGGUGAUAUAGAGAUGGCUACUCAAGUAGCAAGUCGUGUACUAGAAUUAGAGCCUGAGGAGCACUGUACUUAUGUUCUCCUGUCUAACAUGUAUGGGCACCUUAAGAGAUGGGAUGAACAAGCUAGUGUGAAGAGGUUGAUGCGAGAGAGUGGGCUUAGGAAGCUACCUGGUUGGAGUUGGAUCGAAGUUAACAAUGCUGUGCAUUCUUUUAAUGCUGAAGAUCAUUCCCACCCUUGCUUUCACGCGAUAUACCAGGUGCUGGAAGAAUUGGCAGGUGAAAUCAAGAAUUUGGAAAAGGCGAUUUAUUUGGAACUUAUUUGUGAUUUGGGCUGUCUGGACUGAUGAUGUAAUUCAAGAUGCUCAUGGGACUGAUUUCAACUCCUAAUGAUGUUGACUGAUGGCUAUUAAUGCAAUGGAAGUGUCUUCCAGGGUAGUAAUGAGGAAAUAUUGUCUUGAUCAUCUUGCUUGACAUUAGAUUGUUGCAUUGUUUGCUGUGUGGAAAAUGAAGGUGCUGUGGUGAACAACCUUUUUAGAAUCUGGUUUGUUGUGUGCAAUGCAUAACCCAACAAAUAUGAUGGGAAGAUGAUAUUAAGCAUUCGACAAUGUUAAUCGCUCAUAAAUUUAUCAUGACGGAAGGAUUGACGUACAGGAUAUUACUUUGUUGUUUAGGCUAAUGAAUGUGUUAACGACUGAAAAUCAAUCAUCAAACCGGUAUCUUUUGAGUUC